UCAUUACUUCUUUAUAACUCAGGAGGUGAGCUUGCAUCACAUCAUCCGUGAGUCCCACAAGCCUUACGCAGAAAAGAUCGCAGAGUUUGAAAGGUAUUUUGAAAAAUGUCGCGAAGAUCCAAAAAAAUUCAAAUUAACGAGCAACCAGAUGAGGGACUACAAACGGCUUCUGAACAAGCCAGUGUCGAGGAACUGGCUCACUACGAAGUCAUCUUCACUACAUGUGCUGUUGGUGGCAGUCCAAAACUCGUUGAAGCUACAAUGGGCUCCAUAUUUCAAGUGAUCAUCGACGAGUGCGCCAUGUCACCAGAGCCACACAGUCUGGUGCCCAUUGUGGCCAACAAGGCCAAGCAAGUGGUCCUCAUCGGAGACCACAAGCAGCUCCGUCCAAUCAUAACAUGUCAGGCAGCAGCAGAGCUGGGACUGGACCAGUCACUCUUUGAACGUUUAUACAAAAAGUCUUCAGUGAAGUGCGUCUUCCUCAGCACACAGUACAGAAUGCACCCUGAAAUCUGCGAGUUUCCAUCCAAUGAAUUCUACAAAGGCAAACUCAAGAGUGCUCCUAUCACCACGAGGUCCAAGUUCAUUCUCCCAAUCUGGCCUCUUCACCCAAAAACUUCAGAACCUGUCCCACACAUUUUUGUAGAUGUGCGGGGAGAGGAAGAAACACUAACGGUCUCAACCGAUGAAGGCAACGAAAGGUCAAAGUCCAACUCCGCUGAAGCAGAUAAAGUGAUUCAAGUCUUGACUUACCUGAAGAAUAAAUGUGAAGAGAAUAAAAAGAUAAUUGAGACGAACUCCACAACGUCUGAAAACAAGAGUUAUUCCAUCAAAGUUCUGACUCAGUAUAAUGCACAAAAGCAUCUCCUACAAGAAAAACUGUCAGAAGCAAUCGAAGCUCAAAGAAAUAGCACCUGUAAAUCUGUUCUUAAUCGAUAUGACAAGAAGAACAUCCCAGUCACCACUGUCGUCUCCAGUCAGGGUGAUGAGUGUGACUACGUGGUUCUUAGUACAGUCCGCUCAUUGCCUUCAUACAAGAUUGAGCCUCAUCCCACACAGGGAUGGUGCCGCCAGAACAUGGGCUUCAUCACUGACCAAAACCAAGUCAACGUGGCUCUCACAAGAGCUCGUCGUGGUCUCAUAAUUGUUGGCAACGCAGAAUUACUGAGAUGUGAUCCUGUAUGGAACAGACUUAUCACAAGAUAUAAAAAGCUGGGAUGCGUGUUUGAGUCUGCCAACUUCCCACCAACACUGUUAGCACCUCAGCCCAGGGUUAGACCUCAUCGUCAGCCAGUGGCUUCUAAUGAGUGGCAACAAGUCUGAUACUGUCUGGAGCAGGUCUACAGACACACCACACCCAAGAUGUCCUCAGCCUGGUGGCCUCAGAAGGUUCUCGACCCAUUUUCUUUUCAUCUCUUUUAUUCUUUUAGUUUGAUGCAAUGUUUGCAUAAUUGUUUCACUGAUUAGUAGGUAUUGUCAUCAGCUACAAUUCACCGUUUGUACAAUGAGUGCACACAUAUCGCGUUUCCUUUAAUUUGCUAACGUUAUGUUUGCCUUUUGUAUUCGGCUUGAAAUUUCUUAAACAGGAACUUGUUCUGGAUGUUCAGCAAGAUUGUUUUGAGAAAAGUCUGGUACAAUAAUUGCAUGCUGAUUUUCUUAUAGUGAACAAUGUGUGUGUUUAUAUAAUUAUUCUAUGCAUUCAUAUGACUACAUCAAAUUCACACAAAUGUCCAUCUUUGUGUACUUUUCUAUACGUCAGAAACUGAUCUUUUA